CCUUAUGAACAUCACGGGGCCAUCCCACAUGCAACCUCUGUUCGCAAGCCCGCUACCUGCACGCAGCUGGUCGUAGGCCAAGUCGUCCCAGCUGCAGCCACCGUCCAGUCAGCCUCCUGCAGCAGUGCGUCACCUACGGUCACAUGCAGCCUGGGUAAUGGCUGCAGACCGCUUUGCGGCGGCGGUCGCGCUGCUUCGCACCGGCUGGGAGGCAGCGGUGUGGGAGGCCCGGGUGGCUCAUGGGCGUGCCGCUUUCGUGCCGCUCCCGACCGGAGACCUGCAACGGGCGGUGGCUGGGGCCCUGGAGCAGGUGGCCCGGGGAUUGGGGUGGGUGCAAGACGAGGACCCGCCCCUUCUCCUGGCGGAGUAUUCCGUGAAGGCGGGGACGGCGAUGCAGUCGGGUCCCCAGCUGUCCGCGCUGCGGGCUAAACACUAGCUCUAUGUGCGGGCUGCUGGUGUGCCCGAGGGGGAAACGGCUCAGGCCGCUGGAGUCUUUGCCAGCACCCUGGCCUGUUUAUGGGCAUUAAAGUGGGAGAACCGCCACAAGGAGGUGGCGGGCGGCGGGUGGCUUUGCGGGCGACGUGGCCAUGGCCAUGGGUGCCGUGCCGGAGUUGAGGGAUGCGUGUUUCACGCGUGCUGAUCUUUGGUUGGUGCAGCCGCCUGCUGGGCUGGCGCCGCCGGUUUGGGAUGUGGUGCGUUGUCCGCCCUGGACCUGGGCCGGCAGCAGGUGGUCAUGGCUGGUGUACGCGUGGGUCGGGCUUUGACAUCGUCCCAGGUGCUGCGUAUUAAUAUAUCGGUUCUCGCCGACUUCUGGGGUCGGCUGCAAUCUGUUGCUAGUCUUGGUACUCGUUCGAAAGGAUGAGACGCGGUGCCCUCUCAGCACCCGUUCCUUGCGCGGGGUGUCGGGGACUGCAUGCUCCUGGUGCUACCUGGCGAUGUGGACUCCCCGCCUCCCUUGCCUGGAAUCCUGGGGAUGUGGGGGUGUGGGGCUGUGGGCGUCGGGUGCCGGUGGUACGGUUUUCGGUUGCUUCGCGGUGAGUGAGUGCUCGCGCACCAGUGCUGCAGGGCUAGCGUUUGAUUGGGCGUCGCCGGACUACAUGCCCGGUGUACCUGGUUUUUUGCGUCUGGUGCUGAUUUCCUACACGGUUGUGGGGCUCUGGCGGGCUUCGGCUUCUCUCUGGGAAAACCCACCCCUAAUCUUACCGGACAAUACGGUCAUCUGUUACCGGACAUACAGGCUAAUCGGUUACCGCCGGACAAUGCGAUUUAAUUAAGGGACAAUUUGUCCGGUAAAGUAGAGUCCGGUAGCUUUCAGGCAUUGUCCGGUAGAGUCGCGCACCAAUGUCCGGUAGGGCGGCGCCAGAUUGUCCGGUAGCUUUCAAGCAUUGUCCGGUAGCUUUCAGGCAUUGUCCGGUAGGUUUCAAGCAAUGUCCGGUAAGGUAGUGCAUCAAUGUCCGGUAGGGUAGUGCACGAUUGUCCGGUAGAUUUCAAGGAAUGUCCGGUAGGUUUCAAGCAAUGUCCGGUAAGGUAGCACACCGAUGUCCGGUAGCCUAGCCAGCAGUACAAGCAGGACGCGUCCCACCGUCUUUUGUGGUGUCUACAGACACCGUUGCAUGUCCUGUCAUGCCCUUGUCAUGUAGCAGUGGCUCCCCUGCCCUUGUUCAACCCUGUACACAUACCCUUUUUGCU